CGUCCCUAUUCUUUGUACCCGAUAUUCACCUGGCUACUUUGAAAAGGAUCGGGGGUGAGGGAUACGUCCAUGCCCACAAAGCGUCUUGGAGUAAUUUCACUGACGGAAGACGAUCACCUGGACAAAUAUCAAGUCAUGUCUCGAUGAUUGCCAGUAUAGGUAGUAUCAUCUUAAGCACUUGUAUAUGAGGGCUCAUCAUCCGUCCAAAUACUCGUGGCGAUUCCUGCGCUUGUGAAGACGAAACAAUAGAAGUAUGGAGACCCCCGCCACUAUGUACAGCUUCCCUACUGUCUUACUCAUGUGGGCUAUGGUCUCCUUCCUGGUCGCGUCCGGCGUAGUCUGUUUCACUGCCUCCAGUUUAUCCGACCGAAUGCUCGUCGGUGGUGCAUGGAUUCUUAUCGGCGUCUCCUCAUACUCUGGUGCAGCGCUGCAUUUUGGGAAGUCAAGCAUGUGUAUGUUCCUUACAUGUCCGACCUCGCAGUGCCGGUCAAGUAUUGGGACAGAUUGCCUGCAAAUCUCGUGAAAAGAUUUUAUAUAUAUAGAAUGAAGACACUCCCGCGGAUAAGCUCGGUGGACAAGGUAGCAGUGGACGUUUAAUGCUGAAGAGUGCGGAGGAGCUGAUGAUUCUGUACCAGAGUCCCGUAGCGUUUGUUAGGUUGUAAUUAUAUGAUCGUGCUGUGCACUGAUAAGAAAUUAAGGUAU